AUGGCUACCCAACGGUCCGAAACCACAAUAGGGCCCUGGAUGUGUGUGCGAAAGUGGGGCAAACGCCCCUCCAACUCGGUCAAUCCUAGGACGCAGACCAAGGAAAUAACGGCUAAAAUGAACAACGUUAACAAAUUUGCAAUCUUGGCCGACCCAAAAUUCUCAGAAGAAGUACCAACCAGAGUCUUUAACGUAGAUGAAUCAACUAUGGCUUUUCCUGCUUCCUCUAGUAUCUCAGGUCACAGGAAAGGAGUGGACCUUGCAAAAUCUAAGAGACCAAACCCACCUAGAGUAUCGGCAAAGAGAAAACCCGAGGCAUUGGGCUAA